AUGUUUUCAAACUUGAAUAAAUGCGUUGCAAGUUCACGAUUCGGGCGUUACUUUAAGCUGGAAAAUUCUGGCGCAAAGAAGUCUCGAGACAAUACAAAAUUUACAACAGAGUUGCGUGCAGGCAUUGCAACAUUUUUAACAAUGGCAUAUAUUCUAUCAGUAAAUGCUACAAUAAUAGCUGAUUCAGGUGGUCCGUGUGAAUGUAAAAUGCAUACAGAACCCGAUAAUUCCGCGUAUCCAUGUAUCGACGAUGAAUAUGCAAAGUGUAUUAUGAUCUUAAAGAAAGACUUGAUAACAGCUACUGCGGCUAUUUCUUGUAUAUGUACUGCAAUUUUUGGCUUAUUUUCAAAUUUACCAUUUGCAUUAGCUCCGGGAAUGGGAAUUAAUGCAUAUUUUGCAUAUACGAUGGUUGGCAAACAUGGAUCAGGAAAAAUGACAUAUGGAACAGCUUUGUCUGUAGUAUUCAUAGAAGGAAUAUUGUUAUUUAUACUGUCACUUUUAGGAAUUCGUCAAAAGCUUUCAAAAUUUGUACCUAUGAGCAUAAGAGCGGCAAUAGGAGUUGGAAUUGGGUUGUUUCUUACAAUCACAAGUUUUCAAAAAUCAUCGGGGAUCAGUUUAAUCUCAUAUGAUCCAAAUUCAUUAUUGACACUUGGUGGUUGUCCAGAUGAAUACUAUAAUAAAGACGGCUCUUGUAAUGGUCAUUAUCUUGAAAGUGGAACGACUUGGCUUGGAAUUCUGGGAUUUUUUAUUAUACAAAUCCUAAUAUUGUAUCAAGUCAAAGGAGCAAUUUUGUUUGGAAUCUUAUUUGUUAGCAUUAUUUCGUGGAUUAGAAAUUCACCAAUUACUUAUUUCCCGGAUACAACGGAAGGCAAUAUACGAUAUGAAUAUUUUAAAGAAAUAAUAAAUUUUCAUAAAAUUGAAAGUAUAUUAGGAGUACUCGAUUUUGACUAUCAAAAUAAGGAUGUAUGGAUUGCAUUAUUCACACUUUUGUGUGUUGAUCUUCUUGAUACAACAACUGGUCUAUAUCAGAUUUCGAAAUUUGCUGGGCUAGAUAAGGAGAACGGAAGUUUCAAAGGAUCAAAUUCUGCAUUUCUUUGUGACGCUAUUUCUAUAUCCUUAAGUGCAAUUUUUGGCAGUUCACCAACAACAGUAUACUUUGAAUCCUGCGUUGGAAUAACGGAAGGCGGACGUACGGGGAUAACAGCGCUUGCCACUUCAAUUUGUUUCUUUAUCAGUUUGUUUUUUGCUCCAAUAUUUGCGAGUUUUCCGCCUUGGGCUACGGGUCCUGCGCUUUUAGUGCUUGGCAUCAUGAUGAUGAGUAAUGUAAAAGAUAUUAAUUGGAUCUAUCCUGGUGAUGCUGUACCUUCUUUCUUAACUAUCGUUAUUAUUCCAUUUACUAUGAAUAUUUCACAUGGAACUAUCACCGGAAUAAGUACCUACAUUCUUAUUAAUGGCUUCGUUUGGCUUUUGGAAACAGUUUCACGAGGUAAAAUAUUACCACCAGAGAAAAAUUUAAAAGAACCUUUUGCUAAAACGCUUUCGGACAAGACACUACCAACAAUCAAUAUUGUGUGUACUGCAUAUAGCUGUAGAUUUUUAAAGGUAUUAGAAAAAUGGUAG